AUGCUGAAACUUACGAAAGUUCAUCUUGAACUUUUGACCGAUUUCGAGAAAGUUCUGUUCGUCGAGUCGGGGACGCGUGAGGGUCUGGUUCAGGCUAACAAGCGUCACGCGCGUGCCAACAAUCCUGAGACGCCGGGAUACAAUGCGGAAGAACCCAACACGUCACUCAUAUACCUAGAUGCAAACAAUUUGUACGGGUACGCGAUGUGUCAGUAUAUGCCGAUUGGGGAUUUCGUAUGGUACGCGGGAAAUCCAGAGGUCGCGCUGGCUCAGUUAGAGUGGAUGCUCGCGACGGACGAUGUGGGUAGAUUUUUCGAGGUGGAUAUAAUAUAUCCGCAGGAUCUACACGACGCCCACAACGAUAUGCCGUUCCUGCGUUUAUGCGAAACUUGA